AUGGCCGACAAAACUCCAACCAAGCGUCCAGAGCCUACAGCUUCUGAGGCCAUGUUCUUCUUCGCCAUUGUCAAGCACACUCGCAACCGUGCGGACAUUGACUGGGACGCCGUUGCUCAAGAGCAGGGCUUCAAGAACGCCGAAGUCGCCAAGGUUCGCUUUGGUCAAGUCAAGCGCAAGCUCGGCAUCGACCCCAACGUCACCCCAAAGAAGGGCAGCAAUGCCUCUCCCGGCGGCGCCUCGACUCCCAGCAGGGUCCGCAAGACGCCCACCGGCCGUACUGGAACCAAAGGCAGAGGCCGUGGCAGUCGUGCCAAGAAGGAGAACGACGAAGCCGCCGCAGCUGAGGCUGAGGCUGGAGACGACACCACCACUGCUGUGGAAUCUUCACCCUUUGGCAAAGGAGAAGAGGAUGACAGCAUCAACUUCAAGGCUGAGCAUGGCGAGGACCCUUUCUAA